GCCAGUGUUCGUGUCUAACGAUGCCGGUGUUCGUGUCUAACGAUGCCGGUGUUCGUGUCUAACGAUGCCGGUGUUCGUGUCUAACGAUGCCUGUGUUCGUGUCUAACGAUGCCGGUGUUCGUGUCUAACGAUGCCGGUGUUCGUGUCUAACGAUGCCUGUGUUCGUGUCUAACGAUGCCGGUGUUCGUGUCUAACGAUGCCUGUUCGUGUCUAACGAUGCCUGUGUUCGUGUCUAACGAUGCCGGUGUUCGUGUCUAACGAUGUCUGUGUUCGUGUCUAACGAUGCCUGUGUUCGUGUCUAACGAUGCCGGUGUUCGUGUCUAACGAUGCCUGUGUUCGUGUCUAACGAUGCCGGUGUUCGUGUCUAACGAUGCCGGUGUUCGUGUCUAACGAUGCCUGUUCGUGUCUAACGAUGCCUGUGUUCGUGUCUAACGAUGCCUGUGUUCGUGUCUAACGAUGCCUGUGUUCGUGUCUAACGAUGCCUGUGUUCGUGUCUAACGAUGCCGGUGUUCGUGUCUAACGAUGCCUGUGUUCGUGUCUAACGAUGCCUGUGUUCGUGUCUAACGAUGCCGGUGUUCGUGUCUAACGAUGCCUGUGUUCGUGUCUAACGAUGCCUGUGUUCGUGUCUAACGAUGCCGGUGUCCGUGUCUAACGAUGCCGGUGUCCGUGUCUAACGAUGCCGGUGUUCGUGUCUAACGAUGCCGGUGUUCGUGUCUAACGAUGCCGGUGUUCGUGUCUAACGAACAAUCAAAAUCGCAUUUCCUUAUCUUCGCCGGUGGAAACUCCGCGUUUCUAUGACGGGCUCCGGUCCUGGCGGGAGACCUGCUCAGACCGCCGAGAGCGGCAGCAGCCGCGGCGUGACGUCACCCGUCAGUUUCGUCAUCCUGCGCCGGUGCGCGCGCGCGUUCUCAAAGCCGGUUAUGACGUCACGCACGGAGGCACGGAAUGACUUCAGGCGACGAUCUACGGGGUGUGACGUCACGUUGGUUGCUACGGAGAUUGACGUCACGCGACGAGCUACGAGUGACGUCACGCGAUGAGCAAAGAGGGAGUGAGACGCCACGUUGCGAGCGACGGAGAGCGACGUCACAACAGUUGCAGGGAGUGACGUCACGCGACGACCUACGCGAGUGACGUCACGCGAUGAGCUCUGGGGAGUGACGCCACGCGACGAGCUACGAGAGUGACGUCACGGGAUGAGCUCUGGUGAGUGACGUCACGCGACGAGCUAUGAGAGUGACGUCACGCGAUGAGCUCUGGGGAGUGACGUCACGCGAUGAGCGCUGCGGUCUCCAUGGUGACAGGGCCCGGGGAUGCUGCGCGUCCUCUCCUCCCCCCACGCUUUGUGAUGGAGGUGGGCCGCCUCCCGCUGGAGCUGUGGCGUCUCAUCCUCUCGUACCUUCAGUUGCCCGAGUUGGGCCGCUGCAGCUCCGUGAGCCGCACGUGGCGGGAGCUCGUCGUCAGCUUGGACAAGACGCGCUGGCGGCAGCUGUACCUGGGCUCGCCUCACGCCUGCCGUCGCCCGCCGAACUGGCCGCUGCGGCCGGAGUUGGAGCCGCCGUCGUGGCGCGAGUCCCUGCGGAGAGCCCUCCUCGCCAACCGCGUGUGGCGCCGCCACGACAGCCGCUGGAGUACCGUCGAUGUCACCGGCUGUCUGUACGGGCCCUUCUUCCGCAAGCGGCCCGAAUGUCGCAGCGCGUGGGUGGGUCCCGGCGGGGACUACGAGAGCCUGCGGGUGGCGUUAGCCUCGGUGCCGCCCUACAGCCGCGUGUUUCUGCUGCCGGGCGUCUACGAGGAGCAGAGCGAGGUGGUCCUGCGGGCGCCCGUCGAGAUCGUGGGCCAGGGCAGCCUGGGCCAGGUGGCGCUGCUCGUCAGCUUUGAACAGCAGUGUCCCACCGUACGCCUCUGCAACCUCGUGCUCAUGCAGGCCUGGUUCACGCCCAUCAUCUACAAGACGAGCGUGGGCCACGUGCAAAUGGACACGUGCAACCUGGAGAACGGGCAGGUGCAGGUGAGCGCUCCGGCCACGUGCCACCUGCGGUUCUGUAGCUUCAGCCAGGCUGGCCUACACCUGCACGCCGUCGCACUGGCCGCUGUGGAAAACUGCGAGUUCUCUGGGAGCGAGGGCGCCUCUCUGACAGUGGAGGGGUUCCCUUCGACCGACCACAACUGGGCCUACGAGCACCUGGCUGCGUCGCUGCGUGCCGACCUGCUGGCGCAGUCCUGCGGCCUGCUGGAAGCGGACACCGCGCUGGACUGGCUGAAUCUCGGCUUCGACAAGAAGUCGGAAAGCGUGCAGAGCGACAAAACAGCAGGGCAGGCAGCAGACAGCACGGGAGCCACACAUCACAGCCAGGCGAGCAAGGCGGUGGGGUGGGUGGGACGACACUGCUGGAACGUCAGCCAGAAGGGCCAGAACUUUGUGUCAGGGACUUCACAUGCAGGCCUUUCAGACCCCAUCUCAUCAAAGGCCCACCGCUUCUGCAAUGGCAUGAACCAUGACGGUGACACGCUGACCCCAGCGGUUAGCGAGGGGGCAUUUCUCAAGAAGAACAGCAGCGGCAGAGACACGGAGCAGGACGAAGACUACAAGGAGUUUGGGCACCUAAUCACGAGCUUGCCCGUGGGGAGCCUGAUGACAGGGGCAGGGGCCUCGCUGAGCAUGGAGGAGGUACGCCCUCGGAGCCUGGAGGAGGAGCUGCGCACGGAGAAGGAAGCCCGCCUGUUGGUGCGUCUAAUCUUGGGCUGUGUGGUGCAGCGCUGCCUCUUCCGAGAUGGGCGAGGAGGCGUGCUGUCCUCCGCACAUGCCCAUGUGCGUCUGCAACACAACACCUUUCGCCACCUCCACCAAGCUAUCCGCUGCCUGCAAGAUGCCAAGGUGCUCGUGUUUCGUAACGAGAUCCACCACUGCCGAGCGUCGGGCGUUUUCCUGCGCCUCUCCGCUGGCGGUGUCAUUGCGGAGAACGACAUCCACUCCAACGGCGAGGCAGCCAUCGACAUCCGCAAGGCGGCAAACCCCCUCGUACUGUGUAAUCGCAUCCACGGGGGACAACGCACAGGAAUCUUGGUUAUGGGUGGUGGCCGGGGCAUCAUCCGCAGCAACCUCAUUUUCAACAAUCGCGAGGCAGGGAUUUGCAUCCUGUACCGUGGAAACCCGCUCGUCAGUGGCAAUUACAUUUAUCAAGGACUGGCAGCUGGGAUUGCAGUGAAUGAGAAUGGACUGGGUCUCAUUACAGGUAACCUGAUACACGAGAACCAGCAUGGCGGCGUGGACAUUCGCAGAGGAGGGGACCCGGUCCUCAGAAAUAACCUCAUCUGCCACAGCGCUUGCGAUGGGGUGGUGGUUGGAGAGCGAGGCCGAGGGCUCAUUGAAGGCAACAGCAUCUGUGAAAACAAGGGCUGUGGAGUGUGGAUCAUGGCGUCGGGCACACCCCACGUUCUGGGGAACGUGAUCGCGCACAACGGCCUGCACGGGGCCGCCGUCUUCUGCCGCAAGGAAGGUCCCGUGGAGGCGCAUGGCGGCCAGGCGCUGUACCGCGCCGAAGGGGAGGGCCCGCAUGGCGACGACGCGGAGCUGCUGAGCUGGGAAGGGGACGGCGACCCGCUGGAGGAGGCGGAGCGGCGCGGUGGCCACGCAGCCAUCACCACCACCAUCCUGGAGUACAACAACAUGCUCUACAACGCAGGGGCAGGGGUGUUCGUGAAGAGCAGCGAGUCGCUGACGGUCGCCUGGAACGCGUUGCACUGCAACGAGGAGUGCGGCGUGGCCGUGCAUAAGAGCACGGCGCUGGCACGCAUCGCCAGCAACAACGUGAGCUGGAACGGCCGCGGGGGCGUCAGCGUGCGGCCCGGCUGCAAGGUGGAGCUGCAGGGCAACGGCGUCUACCACAACACCGGGCACGGCAUCGAGUCGUGCGGCGAGGGAAGCCUCAUCGAGAACGACGUCGUGACCAGUCGUGGGUGUGGCCUGCGCCUGGCCCAGGAUGCACGCAUGCUGGUGCUAAAGAACCGCGUGCUGUCCCUUCACCGCUAUGCGAUGGCGGUGUUCGAACGCACGCGCGGGACCAUCCAGGCCAACCUCCUCUUCCAGAGCACGGGGUACGAGGCGCUGCACAUCGAGCUGAGCAGCGCGGGCGACGUGCUCAUCCAGGGCAAUGAAAUGGUGCCUUUCCCUGCGCCAGGGUGCGAGCCGGCCUCUCGCUGGGGCCGCCUGGAGGAGCCUUCACCGCGGCCUCACGCCCUCUCCUCGAAGCGGCCCGGUGGCCCCCGCUCCGUGUCCAUGGUGACCCGGCUGGGCGGCGGCGUGAGCCAGGGCUGCUCUCGAGGAGGCAGCAGCGUGUGCACCCUGCUGUAGCACCCCCCCCCACGCCGCCCCGUGCGGUGCCACACGUGUGCCCAGGGGCGUACGCCGACGAAGGUCCCGCUCCGAUGUUCUCUGUGCUGGUCACAUACAGUGAGGGAAAAAAGUAUUUGAUCUCCUGCUGAUUUUGUACAUUUGCCCACUGACAAAGAAAUGGUCAGUCUAUAAUUUUAAUGGUAGGUUUAUUUGAACAGCGAGAGACAGA